CUCAACCUUUGAGAUAUUCCUCUCUCCCGAAUAGUCAAAAACCAACAGAAAUAAUUUUGAGUUUUCUCAUCUCUACUCUGGAAAUGUCCAAGUCCAGCGACUCAAGCAGAUCUUUGAUCCCGAGCUUUCUCUACUCGUCCGAUCAUCAUCGUCUGUUUCAGUCGUCGGAGGAGCCAGCUACGACCAUGACGACUCAUCUCAAAUCACGGCCGCUGGUUUCUCCGACUUCUUCAGUCUCAUCAUCUAACGGUACCGCCAGUUUCGCCAUCGCGACGCCGAGCGAGAAAGUAGAAAUGUACUCGCCAGCGUAUUUCGCGGCGUGUACGGUGGCCGGGAUGUUAUGCUGCGGUAUCACGCACACGGCGAUUACGCCACUUGAUGUCAUCAAAUGCAACAUGCAGAUUGAUCCAUUGAAGUACAAGAACAUAACUUCUGCUUUCAAGACAACCAUCAAAGAGCAAGGGCUCAAGGGUUUCACAAGAGGCUGGUCACCGACGCUUCUCGGGUACAGUGCACAGGGAGCUUUUAAAUACGGUCUCUAUGAGUACUCCAAGAAGUACUACUCAGAUAUUGUUGGCCCAGAAUACGCAGCUAAGUACAAGACCUUGAUUUACCUAGCUGGCUCGGCCUCUGCGGAAAUCGUUGCUGAUGUGGCUCUCUGUCCAAUGGAAGCGGUCAAAGUCAGGGCAACUCAGCCUGGUUUCGCCCGCGGUUUAUCUGAUGGUUUACCAAAGAUCAUCAGAUCCGAAGGCCUUCGAGGGUUGCACAAAGGACUUGUUCCUCUCUGGGGACGCCAGAUUCCAUAUACGAUGAUGAAAUUUGCUACUUUUGAAAACACUGUGGAGCUCAUAUACAAGAAAGUGAUGCCUACACCAAAAGAGGAGUGCUCGAAGCCAGUUCAGCUUGGGGUUAGCUUUGCAGGUGGAUACAUUGCUGGAAUUUUCUGCGCCGCCAUCUCGCAUCCUGCAGAUAACUUAGUAUCUUUCCUCAACAACUCUAAAGGAGCAACCGUUGCUGAUGCAGUAAAGAAGCUAGGGUUAUGGGGUAUGUUUACACGUGGCCUUCCUCUUCGCAUUUUCAUGAUAGGAACACUCACUGGCGCGCAGUGGGUUAUCUAUGAUGCUGUCAAAGUUUUAGCUGGAUUGCCAACCACUGGUGGUGCUUCUCCAGCAGCUACUGCGCUUGCUCCAUCUGUAAGUGCAUAAAAUUACAAGGAAAUUCCUCGCUUAGCAGCCCCGGCUCAUACCUACGGCGAGAGGGGCAAUGGCCAGGGGACAAAAUAUUUUUUUGCAAAAAACAUUAAGGAAAUGGGGACCAGAAAAAAAGAAAAAAAAAAAUUAUGUUGAUAAGGGUCCUAAAAAAUUGUAUGCCUAGGGACGAAAUUUUUUUUAAGACGGGGCUGUCGCUUAGCCGUCACAUUAGAGCAAUAAAAGGGAAACAGAGAACUCCCAAUUAUUUUUCUUAUUUUGUUUCUAUCUUGUAAUAGUACAAAAAUGGUAUUUGCUAGCUACAUCUAUACUCUUACCUAUUAUGUUUCUACA